CUCCAAUAACUGAGAAAGCAUUUUUUCGGAGCUAAAAGUAGGUGAAACCUCGAAUUUAGGGACCGGCCUCGUAACCACUAUACCCAGCAAAUAUCGUGGGAGAGGAUUUAAGCCCUUACUCUAAUACCUGGUAAUAUUCAUCCGAUUCCUCUCCAUAAAAAUUGCAUAUUAGCCCACAAGGGUGAGUAACUUGACUAAUAAUGGAGUAAGACUCAAGUCAGCGUCAGAAAACUCAAGUCAACGUCAAAUUCACUUCAGAUCUAUCUCGUCGAGUCGCCGAAGCUUAUUUGGUGGGCCUGAACUAGCUUCUCAGUCGACUUAAUUAGUGGGUGCGGCAGCGGAGACCAGCGCAUAGUUGGUCCAAUUCAUGUUGAAGAGAUCUACUUCUCUUCGUCUGAUCUUGUAUCCCUUCAUCUGGUAAGACUCUCGUUGUCUCAUUGGUUGAAAAUGGUGGAACUCUCCGAAUUUGCAGAAGCUUUCAAGAUAGGAUUUUGGCAAGGAAGAAACUUAUUUAGUUGUUUGUUCCACCAAAAUAGAUACCUUACGGAACUCAAUCAGGAAGUAGAAAAAUUGAAGGAUCUCAGAGAACGAAUUGUGGCUAUGAGUGACAAUGCUGCUAGGAAAGGGGAACGGACAAGAAAUGAUGUUGAGAGGUGGCUGGGGAGAGUUGAAGAGUGUCUCAAGAGGGCAGAGUACCUUAAUCGUGCUAGAGAUGAGACACGAUGUUCCGAAUUAGUGAGCCGAUCUCGGAUUUACAAGGAAGCAGUGAAGGAGCUUAAGGCUGUCGUUCGACUCAAGGAAGAAGGAAAUUUUGAAAGCGUUUCGUACGGCAUUGUUCAACGGGAUAUAUGGUCCAGAGAUUUCAAUGAUUACGAGACCUUUGAGUCAAGAAUGUCCAUUUUUAAUGAUAUAUACAAUGCAUUAUGCUCUGAUAAUAUCAACAUAAUUGGGGUGUAUGGGAUGGGUGGGAUCGGCAAGACUACACUAGUGAAGCAAGUUGCCAGGCGAGCCAUGGAAGAGAAGAAAUUUGAUGAAGUGGUUAUGGCAACGGUAAGCUUAACUCCGGACAUUCGAAGGAUUCAAGGAGACUUGGCAGAUCAGCUAGGUGUGAUAUUCCAAGAGGAAAAUGAAGCUGGUAGAGGAAGGAGGCUACGUGAGCGCUUGAAUCAAAGGAAUGGGAUCCUGUUAAUAUUAGAUGAUAUCUGGGAACGUCUGGGUGAUUUGGAGGAAGUUGGAAUUCCUUUAAGUUAUGACCAUGGGGUAUGUAAAGUGUUGCUGACAUCAAGAAUUCAUGAUGUACCGAGUAAGAUGGGUUCUCAACGUGAUUUCUUAGUUGGUGUUUUAAAAGAAGAAGAAGCUUAUAGUCUAUUCAUGAAAAUAGUGGAUGAUCCCAUUGAAAACCUUGACUUACAAUCCUUAGCAAUUGAAGUUGUCCGUGCAUGUGGAGGUCUGCCUAUCGCCAUUGUUUCAAUUGCAAGAGCAUUAAGGAGGAAACAUGUAUCUGCAUGGAAGGAUGCAUUGUGGACUUUGGGAAAUCCUUCCUCUAGGAAAUCGACUAGAAUGCUUGAGGAGGUUUUUUCAAGUAUAGAGUUGAGUUACCAACAUUUACAAGAUGAGGAACUCAAGUCAACAUUUUUGCUUUGCAGUCUAAUAAGAUAUUCUGAUGAUGUUCCCAUUUUGGACUUGUUGAAAUAUGGAACAGGUCUAGGUUUAUAUAGAGGCAUCAGUACUCUGGAACAAACACGAGAUAAAGUAUAUUCAUUAGCUCAUGAGCUCAAAAGCUCCUCUUUGUUGCUUGAUGGUCGCAACAGUGAAUGGUUUUCUAUUCACGCUGUUGUUCAUCAUGUUGCCUUAUCAAUUGCAUCCAGAGGCCAACAUGUAUUUUCACUAAGAAAUGAGGUUACUCCAAGGGACUGGCUUCAUAGGGAUUCAGUAACAAGUUGCAACGCAAUCAGCAUUCAUGAUAGUAACAUUACUGUGCUUCCUGAAAGGUUGGAAUAUCCAGAACUUGAGUUUUUCUAUAUGCAUGCCAAGAAUGCUAUUUUCAAAAUCCCUGACAGUCUUUUUACAGGAAUGACAAAGCUAAGUGCUUUAAAUUUGAAGAAAAUGGAUUUAUCAACACUGUCUUCCUCACUUCCUCCCUUAAUAAACCUUAAGACACUUUGUUUAGAUGAAUGCAAACUGGGAGACAUAGCUGGUAUUGGAGACCUGAAAAAACUAGAAAUCCUUAGCCUUCUCUGUUUGGAUAUUGAGCAGUUAGCUAAAGAAAUAGGUAAAUUAACCAAGUUACGGAUGUUAGAUUUGAGUGAUUGUUCAAAACUGAAGGUCAUUUCACCAAGUGUUAUAUCUAGCUUAACCGGAUUAGAAGAAUUGUACAUGGGUAAUAGCUUUGCUGAAUGGGAAUUGGAAGGAAUCAACACAGAAACAAGCAAUGCUAGCCUUGAAGAGUUGAAGCAUUUGUCUCGACUAACCUCUUUAGAAAUUCAUAUUCGGCAUGCCAAGAACCCACCAGUGGGUUUGUUCCCCGAAAUGUUGAAAAGGUACAAAAUAUUCAUAGGAGAUGAAUGGGACUGGCAUAACAAAUAUGAGUACAAAAGAAGUUUGAAGCUGAAGCUUAAUCCCAACACUCGUCUGGAGAAUGAGAUUAUUAUGCAGAUGAACGAAACCGAAGAACUUUGUUUAGAUGGAGGUCAGGGUGUGAAGAAUGUUCUAAAUGAUCUAGACGCAGGGGGCUUUCCAAAGCUGAAGCUUCUCAAUAUCCAAAACAAUCCCAACAUUCUGCGUAUGGUCAACUCGGUGCAGCCACUACCUUGUGAUGCAUUUCCACUCUUGGAGUCAUUGUUUCUUCGUAAUUUAAUGAACCUUGAGAAGAUAUGUCAUGGUGAACUCACAGCAACGUCUUUCUUUAAUUUAAGGACGAUUAAAGUGAGAAACUGUGAUAAAUUAAGAAACAUUUGGUCAAUCUCUACUCUCAGAGGCCUUCUAAAGCUUCAAACAUUGGAGUUGAUUAAUUGCAUGAAUAUGGAAGAGAUUGUUACUAUCGGAAGAGAAGGAGAUGUUAACUAUGCUGAAGUGAUUGAUAUGAUAGAUUUUCGUCAAUUACGCUUCUUGACUCUAAAAUUCCUUCCACGGCUCACAAGCUUCUGUUGUCAAGUAAUGACUCAUUCGACCGAUAGAAUAAUUUUGGAGGAUGUGCUCGAUCAACCGUUGCCUCUUUUUACCCGGAGGCAGGUCAUGUUCCAUAACUUGGAGGCUUUAGAGCUUUGUGCAAUUAAUUGUGAAAAGAUUUGGCCUGACCAACUCCCAAGACUGUCUGGUUUUCAAAAUUUAACAAGCAUGAUUGUGCGAGGCUGUGAUAAAUUAAAGUUUCUUUUUUCAUCUUCUUUGGUUGCAAGUUUUGUCCAAAUCCGACACCUGGAGAUAUGUAACUGCGUGGCUUUAGAACACAUUGUUACAAAGGAAGACGAAAUAGAGGCAACCCCUGCGUUUAUCUUUCCACAAGUGACCUAUCUGAAACUCUGUGAUCUACCAGAACUUAGAACUUUCUACCCUGGAAGACAUACUUCAGAAUGGCCAUUUUUAAAAAGGUUGGAGUUAAGCGGUUGUGACAAAGUAAAUAUAUUCGCUUCAGAAUCUUUUAGCUUUGAGGAAAUUGACGAGGCAGGGAUCAUUGUCCCUGCGCAACAAGCUCUCUUCAAGGUGGAAAAGGUACAAGACUCAUCUCCUUGUUCUUCUUCAUUUAGAUUGUGA